AAUCAACACAAUGCUGACCAUCUUUCUGUCUUUGGUGCUGCUGUUGUCCCAUUCCUCUGCAGUCAGAAACUUCAAGGACGGACCGGUCGUCGACGAAGAUGGCCGAGAGUAUAAAUCCGCCGGCGUCGGCGUGGACGAGGUCGACGCGACGAAUGAGGAAAGGCAACCCGUGCAGGUGACGUGCACGGAGAGGUCGAUGGUCAUAGAGGUGAUGGCCGAAGUGUUUGGAUCGAGACGUCCCGUGUCUACCGGAGAGCUUUUUCUGGGCGGUGCGGAGCAUUCGGGUUCUGGAGCGUGUCAGGCCCUCCCUGCCGCCGACGCCAAUUACAUCAUCAAAGCCGGGCUGCUGGACUGCGGCACCCAGUUAUCAUUAUCCGACGACUCCGUUAUUUAUUCCAACCAUCUGACCUUUUCACCUCAACGCCGUCAUGUCAUCACAAGGCUGACCCAAGCUGUUAUUCCCGUUUCCUGUCACUAUAGAAGGUGAGCAGGGUGUGGCCUCAGGUGAGCAGGGUGUGGCCUGAUUGUCUGCAGCAUAAAAAGGUGGCCAGCAGACUGAAGAGUCCUGCGGGGCGUCACCAGGCGGCCUCCAAACACGACCACGAACAGCUUCCCGUGGACCAGCGGCGGCCUCUCAACACGGUCAGUGUGACCUGCCACCCGGACUCCCUGGAGAUCCUG